CUCGCAGUCCAACACGAAAGUCACACAUGGAGCGGAUCAGCGAUUACCUUUGCAGGUAUAAGAACUACAACUUUGCUAUUGGGACCACCACCGCAGAACACAUCGAUUCACUCCAGAGCUUUGAAAUCCGGGACAGUGACGUCUUCUUGGUCACUUAUCCAAAGUCAGGAACUAUAUGGACCCAGCAAAUUAUUACCUCCAUGUAUGAGAUGCAAGAAGACGCUCGUCUCAUUGCCUACCCCAACAACCUGGAGCGGAUGCCGUGGCUGGAGUACCUGGAGGGCCGUGAGGACUACUCUCUCAGACCCUCGCCACGGCUGUUUGCCUCACACCUCACGCCGCCUCUCAUGCCUCCUGGUCUAAAGGAUAAAAGGGCAAAGAUAAUCUAUGUGAUGCGGAACCCAAAGGACAAUGUUGUUUCCUAUUACCACUUCUGUUGUUCCUGGACCACGCUGGAAACGCCAAAGAGCUUUGCAGACUUCUUGGAGCAGUAUCUGGAGGGGAAAGUUGGUGCAGCCUCCUGGUUUGAUCACAUUAGGGAGUGGCAUGCAAAGAGAGACCAGUACAACAUGCUCUUCCUCACAUACGAGGAUAUGAUUUUGGAUCUUAAGACAGCGGUGAUCAAGAUCUGCCGUUUCUUGGGGAAAGACCUUUGUGAUGCAGCUAUUGAUCAAAUUGUGGAAAAAUCUACCUUCAAGAACAUGAAACAAGACCCCAAAGCCAACUACGAGUUCCUGCCGGUGGAAAAAAUCCAAGGGAAAUUCAUGCGCAAAGGGAAGAUAGGUGACUGGAAAAACACAUUUACUACAACCCAGAGCGAGAGGUUUGACCAGAUCUUUCAGGAGCGAAUGGGAGAUAUGUCUUUGGCGUUCACCUGGGACGCAGCACAGCAAUCCUAAAGGGACAUGUACAGAAUUUUUGCUCCACACUACAACCUUACUACUCCUGUUUACGGACACUUACAUAAUUACAGACAUUCUAUGUAUCAUCUUUGCGAUACUAAUAGGUUAGUUAUUAAUGUGUACAAUAAGAUAACCAGCAAAAUAUUGCCUUGUAACCCAUUUUAUGACCCUUGCCUCUGGAAGACCCAAUAUUUAGAUGUUUAAAAAGUAAAAUAAGGCAUUAAGAAGCUGUAAAAGUUGCAAGAAUGAGAAUAUAACAUAACGUUAAAGCUUUCUGGGAUGUAUCUGUGAUUUAGGGAAAGACAAAUACAAUUUACUUGAUAAUAAAAAAA